AUGAAUACUGAGAGGAGACGACAGAAUACUGAGAUGAGACAACAGGAUAAUGAGAGGAGACGACAGGAUACUGAGAGGAGACAACAGGAUACUGAGAGGAGACGACAGGAUACACAGGGGGUCCCUCCCACGAUGAAUGAGGGUGUUGCUGUCGAUGCUGGUGCCGAUGCUGCUGCGGAUGUUGCUGCGGCUGCUGCUGCAGUUGCUGCUGUAUCCUUUCGUCUCCUCUCAAGAUCGAAGGCACCGAUUCGAGGUUUGGAUUGUACGGCUGAAGAAAUGAAUACUGAGAGGAGACGACAGAAUACUGAGAUGAGACAACAGGAUAAUGAGAGGAGACAACAGGGUACUGAGAGGAGACGACAGGAUACUGAGAGGAGACGACAGGAUACACAGGGGGUCCCUCCCAUGAUGAAUGAGGGUGUUGCUGCCGAUGCUGUUGCGGCUGCGGAUGUUACUGCGGCUGCUGCUGCGGUUGCUGCUGUAGCUGCUGCGGAUGUUGUUGUGGCUGCUGUUGCUGCUACUGCUGCGGAUGCUACUAUAGAUGCUGCGACGGCUGCGAGGGAGGCUGCGAGGGUGGUUGCAGAUACUGCGUGGGAGGAUGCGGAGGCUGCGAGAAAUGCUGUGAGGGAUCCCAGGAGGAAUGCAACCAGGGAUCCAACGAGGGAUGCCACGAGGGACCCCCUGUGUAUCCUGUCGUCUCCUCUCAGUAUCCUGUCGUCUCCUCUCAUAUUCUGUCGUCUCCUCUCAGUAUUCAUUUCUUCAGCUGUACAAUCCAAACCUCGAAUCGGUGCCUUCGAUCUCUGA